UGUUUAUGGUUGCUGAGAACCCACUGAUCUCACACUGCUGCUCUGUACAGGGAACAGGCGCAGAGAAACACAGUCUGGGACUAAAAGAAUAUUAACAAACUGAUGUGAAACAGACUUGGUAGAGUGGCCGUUUGGAGCAGAAGGCUGGCCGGAGCCAUGAACAGAAUAUAUUCAAUGCAGGCGGUGGAGCAGGAGAACGGGACCAAAUUGAAGGAGUCCUACAGGAACGUGUCGGAGGUGAAGAGGGAUGUAUACAAGGACGAAGCAGAGGAACGAUCAGAGCCGUCCUGUUGUCUCAGCGUCAGUAAGAUCUCCUACACAGUCAGUGAGCGUGUUGGUCCGUGGUGGGAUUUACCCUCAUACAGGAAGCGAUGGACUCGUCAGAUCCUCAACGAUGUCUCCUUCCACGUAGACAGUGGACAGAUUAUGGGCAUCCUGGGCAAUUCAGGCUCUGGGAAGACCACACUGUUGGACGCCAUCUCAGGGAGGAUUGGAAACAGCGGCACACUGCUGGGUGAUGUCUACGUUAAUGGCAGGAAACUGAAGAGAGAGGAGUAUCAGGACUGCUUCUCCUACGUACUGCAGAGUGAUAACUUGCUGAGCUAUCUGACAGUGGAGGAGACUCUGACCUACACAGCCCAGCUGGCCCUGCGGAAACACUCGGUUGAAGCCAUCAAGAAAAAGGUGUCGGCGGUGAUGGCCGAACUGAGUCUGAGUCAUGUGGCUCACAGUGUCAUUGGAGGUCGAGUUUUCCCAGGGAUCUCUGGUGGUGAGAGGAGGAGGGUCUCCAUCGCCAGCCAGUUACUUCAGGACCCGAGGGUGAUCCUAUUGGACGAGCCGACCACCGGCCUGGACAGUAUGACGGCCAAUCAGAUCGUGGUGUUGCUGGCAGAGCUGGCGAGGAGGAACCGUAUCGUCAUAGUAACCAUCCACCAACCGCGGUCUGAGCUCUUCAGGGUGUUCAGCAGGAUCGCUAUAAUGAGUCGUGGGGAGCUCGUAUUCUGUGGGCAGCCAGAGGAGAUGGUGAACUUCUUCAGUCAGUGUGGAUAUGAGUGUCCAGAGUACUGCAACCCCUUUGAUAUCUAUGUUGACUUCACCUCGGUGGACACACGCAACAGCGAGAGGGAGGCGGCAACGUUCAAUCGCAUGCACGAGAUUACUUUGUCCUACCAGAGGUCGGGCAUCUACCAGAGCAUGCUGGGAAAAACGGAGCAGAGCCUGCAGCGAUCAGACAAGCCGGUCAUCCCCUUCAAGAGCAAAGAGUCACCCAGUGGUGCUGCCAAACUUGAAGUUCUGGUCAGGCGAACAGCAAGAAACCUGUCCAGAGACAGGAUGGGCGUCCUGAUGCGUCUGUCCCAGAACCUGAUCUACGGUCUGUUUGUGGCCUUCUUCGUCAUGCGUUUGGACGACGACGUCACCAAGGGCGCAGUGCAGGAUCGCAUUGGCAUCAUCUACCAGAGCGUUGCUGCUUCGCCCUACACCGGCAUGCUGAACGCAGUCGCUCUCUUCCCAUCACUGCGAGCCAUCAGUGAUCAGGAGAGUCAGGACGGCCUGUACAGCAAAUGGCAAAUGUUUUUGGCCUACAUCUUCCACAUUCUGCCCUUCAGCAUCCUCAGCGUCAUCAUCUUCACCUCCUUCCUUUACUGGACGGUGGGGAUGCACCCUGACAUUUUCCGUUUCCUGUGUUUCACUGCUGUAGUUCUGGUGCCACAUAUUAUAGGUGAGCUGCUGACUGUAGUGCUGCUGGGAGUGGUCCAAGACCCGAACAUGGUCAACACUGGUGUGGCUCUGCUCAAUAUUGCAGGGAUCCUGGUGGGAUCUGGCUUCCUAAGAAGCACCCAGCAGAUGCCCAUGGUAUUCCAGUGGCUCAGUUACCUGACCUUCCAGAAGUACAGCUGUGAGCUGCUCAUCGUCACAGAAUUCCACGGCCUCCAGUUCACAUGCAAUAAUUCCAGAUCUUUGCCUGGAGCCUGUACGGUAACUCAGGGCAGUCAGAUCAUUGAACAGGGCUACCCUGGAGCUCUGUCCCGAUACACACUAGACUUCUUGCUCCUCUACGCCUUCCUCCCUGCCUUACUGCUGCUGGGCAUAAUCGGCUUCAAGAUCAGGGACAAGCUUGUACGUCACUGAAACCACAGACACAAAUUUGUGAGAGACUCUUCUGUUUGAACAGAAACAUGAACUUUGGUUCUGAUGAUCUUAUACAGAUUAACAGUGUGAUGGAAUACAUUGAAGUGCUAUGGCCCUACUUUAAAGUUAUACUUGGAUACAAGGUGUACAGCAAAGCAGCGUGUUUGCUGGGAUCCCUCCCACUUUUUGCCAAAAUCACAGAGAAAAACAUCUUGAGUAAUGUUGAUGCCAAUUCCAGCGCCCAAAAUAAUAGCUGAAGCCUUUGUAAAUGAUGCUUAGGAGUUCAAGAUGAGUUCAAGGGAAAUUUUGGAGGAAAUCUACAGAAGUGUGUUGGAUUCACAAUAGAAAAACAAAACUGUUAAGUUGUCUUGUAAUUAUGUCAAGUCAAGUCACUGUUAUUUGUGUAGCACAAUGAAAACAGGCAUCAACCAAAGUGGUUUCUAAUAAAGAAAUAAGACUAACAUUCAAAAUUUACCUGACCAUUUUAAAUAUUCAGGUUGAGACCCUGCAGGAAUAUAUAUUGGUGUUGGGGUGCAUUAAGUGAGGGGUCAGGGUGUCCUCCCCCCAACAAAUUAUUAUGCAUUGUGGUAAGUUUUUAUGCACUAAUUUGUGUCUUUUCUUCAUUAGUUAAUGAUGGCCAAGUCUUUACUUAUGUAAAGGAAAACGCAAAAUUCUGACACAUGGUGACAGUUUGAAAUACAACUAUAGAGGACAAUAAUGGAGUAAUGGUCAGAUAUUAAGCAUUGCUUUGGAAACAUUAAUCCUGCUGUAGAUCAGCUUUUCUCAUUUAAUAUUGUCUCUGGUGAGCUGGGUUCUAUUUGUUCCCUGUGCUUUUCUUUGUUCUUGUACAUAUAUACAGUCAUGGAAAAAAUGAUCAGACCACCCUUGUCAACAAAAACAAUGGUUAUGCAAUCAAGAAGUACUAACUCCUGUGUGUAUCACGUGACUAAAACAGACAGAAAAGAAAACAUGGAAUGCCUAAAAGCUGUUUUUGGCAGUACAAUGUCAUAGCUAUUGAUCUAAGAACUUAAGUAAUUUUGGUUAUUAUCAAGAAAACCAUGGAAAAUGUUUAGAUAUCAGCUCUUAAACUCUUAUGAGCUAUUUUUGCUGUUAUCAUAUUUGUCCAAACAAAUGUACCUUUAGUUGUGCCAGGCAUUAAAAUGAACAAAAUGAACAACAAAACAAGGGUGGUCUAAUAUUUUUUUCCAUGACUGUAUAAUCUGUUUAAUUACUUUCUUGUGCCUCUAAACAUGGCUUCUUUCUCAUUUUUUAAAGCCAGUUUCAAUUGCGUGUCACAAGCAUAGACUGUAUAAUAAAAACAAAUCUUUAUUAUACAGUCUAUGGUCACAAGUCACAGCCAUUCAGCUUUCUUGUGCACUUGCCUUAUCAUUUUCAGUUGUGUUAAACCAGUCUAUGUGCUAAACUAGCAUCUCGCUAAAAUUUAUCAAAGAAUAAUUGUUUUAGGUGAAGUAUUUCUUUCUCUCCCUGAAAACCAAAGUUUCCCUGUUUACCUCAAAACCAAGGACAUGUAAACUCAUUCAGCUAAAGUGGUAAAUGAAAGGUUUAGGCAUCAUUUUGCAGGAGAAAGGCUGCCAAAAAAAUUAGCCCAGUCCUUAUAGCAUCUCUGAUCAGCCUUAGCAUGACUCUAAAAAAGCAAGGUAAUUUGAAAAAUUGGAUUGACACAUUUAUAGUAGGAAGGAUGUAGAAAAUACAAACUCACCGUUUGCCCUGCAAUCAUUUCCAGUCAUUUAAAUGGUGCAAAUAUCCAAAAACAGAAUAAACAAAAUCAGGAAAACAUAAAUGUUCGAAGAUGGCGCCGGACGUCUUCUUCACUUCCGGUUUAGAGUGCUGCGCAGACUCAGUGCUGCCGCUGGUGGUGACUGAAAUAGAUUUUUAAAAAUUAUUUAUUGUUCCUUUUUAGUUCUUCUCCAUUCUUUUUCUCAAAAGUUCGUUCAAACUUCAAAAUGCUCAGCCAGUUUAACUACAUGGGCUUUUAUUUUUUAAUUAAUUAAAAAUGUAUGAAAUUCCUCCAUUAUUACAAAACUCCCUGUUAAAACCUUUCACAUGCAUUCAUUCUGUCAUUCAACAUUUAAGACUGCUGCAGCUUUGGAUAUUAAAGGCUUUUUAAAGAAAGCUUAAUUAAAUGCUUUUUAAGACGUUCCAGCAGCUACAGAUAUUCUAUAAAUUACAUGAAGCUUAAAUUGCUAUAAAUAUGCGUUGUGUAUUGCCUGUAGCAUUUUCUUCUGUGUCUGUGUGCUAAAAUACUGUGAUUGUUGAUGCAACAGUGUAAACUCCUUUAUUUUUCUACAACACACUGUAUUAUUGGUAAAAGAAAAAAAUACAGUUUUGUUCUGUUUACUAUAAGUUGUAUUGAUUACAAAGUUGUAAAAGAAAAAAACAAUAUAAAACACAUGUAAGUAAAUAUUGCAAAUUGUAUACUGUAUGUACAUUAGUAUGUGUUGUAUGUGUGCAAUAAAGUUGAUGUUUCAUGUCUCCAA